GAGACGCUGCAAAGCUUCGCCCUGCAGCCAGAAGGAGCGCAUCGAUCAGCCCAGCCUAGUCCCCAGAGACAAGAGGAUGCUCCGGAUGAGAAACCGCGGGAUGGAGCUGGAGCUUCUGCUGUGGAUAGUGAUGCUGAACUCCGCGGGACGCGCCGCGGCGGAGCUCAAUCAGUACAGCAGAGCGGUGGACUGGCUGAGCAGAUACGGCUACCUUCCUCCUCCGGACCCACGCACCAGCAAACUGCAGACCAAAGAGGGGAUUGAGCAAGCCAUUCGUGUCAUGCAAAGAUUUGGAGGGAUCCGGGAAACCGGCAUUAUUGACAGCGAAACGCUGAAGCUCAUGUCUACGCCGCGAUGCUCGCUCCCAGACGUCGUUGGAGGCGAGGACAUGAGGAGGAGGAGGAGGCGCAGGAAGAGAUACGCUCUGUCAGGUCUUAAAUGGCACAAGACAGACCUCACAUGGAGCAUCCACAGCUAUCCGACGUCCCCCGUUCCGAAAGACUUGGUGAAUUCUCUCCUGACUCACGCCUUGAAAGCCUGGAGCGACGCCACUCCGCUGAACUUCUGGCAGCAGCAGCCGGCUGGCAGCGGGGAGAACGCGGCUGGAGGGGACAUCAGAGUAUCUUUUGCCAGCUUGCUUCAUAACGAUGGAUACCCAUUCGACGGGCGGGGCGGCACGCUGGCCCACGCCUUCUUUCCCGGCAUAGAUGAAGUCUCUGGCGACACACACUUUGAUGACCAUGAAAUCUGGAGCUACAACGGUGACAGCAGCACCACUGACCUGUUCACGGUAGCGGUGCAUGAGUUCGGCCAUGCUCUGGGACUCUCCCAUUCCUCGUCCGAUCCGUCCAUCAUGAGGCCGUAUUACCAGGGUCCUGUUGACGAUAUUUCACAGUUCAAGCUGAGUUUGGACGACAGGCUGGCCAUCCAGCAGCUGUACGGCGUGAGAGACCAAACACAUCCAGGAGGAGAUAAACCCGACCCACCGCUCUUUCCAAGUCCACCUCCCCCGAGACCUACAAGGCUUCCUGAGCCAUCAUUCGGUGAGAGAUGCCAGGGAGGCUUUGAUGCAGUAGCAAACAUCAGAGGAGAGGUCUUCUUCUUUAGAGGUGCACAUUUCUGGAGGACCCAGCGAGAUGGCUCCUUGGUGUCCUUGAGGCCGGCUCUGAUCACAAACUUUUGGAUGGGCCUUCCAAAAGGGACAAACAAGGUCGACGCCGUUUAUGAGAGGAAGAGUGACAGCAGGAUCAUCUUCUUCAUUGGCUCUCAGUACUGGGUCUUCAAAGACACAAUUGCCAUGAGCGGCUACCCUCGGCCCCUGUCCGACUGGAACAUGCGGACGUCGAGCGGCACCAAGGUGGACAGGGUGGAUGCGGCCUUCGUCUGGGCCCACAACGGCAAGACCUAUCUGUUCAGUGGGGGGCAGUUCUGGAGGUUUGAAGAAGGCCAGAAUGCCGAGCAGACGACCAAGGAGCCAGAUGCCAACUACCCGCGGAGUAACGACCUCUGGACGGGAAUGCCAACCCACAUGGAUGACAUCAUCACCUUUGGGGAAGGAGACGCCUACUUCUUCAAGGAUGACUUCUACUGGGUGCUCAAAAACGGAGGGAUAAACCAGGAAUACGUAUCCCCCAAGUCCACCGCCAUAGACUGGCUGCGUUGUCCAGGUCCUCCUCCUACGUUCACUCCGGAGGUUUCUGGAGAUCCAAAGGAAUGUGCCUGUUCCUUCAGCAGAUCGUCUCUGUCACUGAGGAACGACUAUCUGAUCCUGGCUGCUGUCAUGCUGAUGUUUAACGCGUUGAUUUCCCUAAAUAAUUAGUGGAUUAUUUAGGGAACCUGUUUUUGCUGCACUGAAUUAUAGAAGAAACCCUUUUUUUAACCAUCAUUCAGCCUUAGAUGAGUUAUUAGAGGGUCUGCUUGCAGAGAAGUUUGUGUUAUUACUGCUCAGAAUGUGUCGUUGACAGCCUGGAAACAGCAAUACGCUCCCAUCUUGCUUCAGUUUCACAUGUUUGCAGGAUAAAAAUGGACAAAACUGAAGUCUCUUUGGGAGAGACUGGUAUUUAGCACCACCAUUCAGCAAGUGGAGCCAUACUUUUAACUCCAUAUCUGAUCCAGCCAUGCAAAUUAAGAUGGUUAUGACAGUUAAGCCGCCUUCAUUUCAUUUCCAAAUUUAACUGUUCAUUUUUAUUUGUAAAUGUGUUUAAAAAAUGUAUUUAACAGAUUAUUUAUAAGUUCAUGCAGUUUUGUUAUUACAAUUAGAAAUGUGAUAACUGGAUUUUGUACACUUUGUAAUGCUGUUCGUGGAGCUCAAAUGUUGGUAAUUAUCUGAAUUUCCUUGUCUUUGUCUGUAAGGCUUAAGGCUUGGUGUGUAUCUGUCUAAAUGCAAGCUUUGUAGCUGCACCGCUUAAUUAACAAAAUUACCAAAAAAAACAAACAAACACAUUUUCAGAGAUUCUCCCAAAAGGACUAUAAAUGUUUGUUUCAAUGGAACUGCAGGUGUGCAAAAAAGCAAAAACAACUGUUAAGCAAAUAAUUCCCAAAUAUUCAAAAAUGUAAUAAGAACCUUU